AUGACUCGAUCUUCAAUUCUCUAUCAAAACUUCCAGAACACUGUAUUUCUUCUUGACAUUCCCACAUCCAUUGCUCUCGCACAGGAAUUUCCCCUAACCCAACAAGAACCAUCAUCAGAAUCUUCAAAGCUCAUCUCACACAAACACGUCUGUGCAAGGCAUCUCCUAUCUUCAACACCCCUAAGAGACCCCUACCCUGGAUAUACAGAACCAAAAACGGAUACCGCAAGGGCAAAGGUCUUGCAAAGGAUUCCUGUUACGGAGCGAGAAAUCCAUGAUACCAUUUCACCUUUGGUGAGAGAGGCGUUGCAUGAAAUUCGGGAGGAUCUCAAGGGUGAUGAGUGGUGCCUUGAAAGAAGGACCUUAGCGCAUGACUUUGGACGGGAGUACACUGCUCGUCGUCCCGAAGGAAACGUGUCUCUUGGGAAAAGAAGUCGAAAAAGUAAAGAGUCUAGUAGCAAUGAUGACUGCCGAUUCCCUGUCAAGGACUACACAAAUUUAACCGUUCCCGGAAAGUCAACCAAGCUACAAGGUAUGUCUCCAAGCUUAGAGCUGGACAAUCCGCCUUUAAUCCUCUCGCCUGGGUUGAAUUUGCUCGAUUCCAUGUCUGGCCUGUGCAAUCUUGUCGUCAAAAAUACGUCCUCUGACCAUGCAACUCCAGCUACAAAGCCCGACAGAUACAGAGGCCCUAUACCGGGUCUCCCUCGAGACCACAGAUUCGACCUAAUCCUCCUGGAUCCGCCAUGGGUGAAUAGAUCUGUUCGACGCAGCGGACAUUACCAUACACAGAACUACCUCGAGGGUAAUUUACUGACCCAGCUUAUUCGAGAUAUACUCAAGGUGCACUUGCAAGACAGCCAUCGCAUCUUCCGUUGUGACACAUCUAAUGAUCAUACAUUGAUCCCAAAGCCGACCGAGAAACAGGCCCAGAGCUCUAUAGCAGCCAUAUGGAUUACCAACUCUGCAAAAGCGCGGAAAAUAGCCUUUGAUGCUAUCCAAGGCGCGGGUCUUUCCGUCUGCGAAGAAUGGAUUUGGGUCAAGACCACUACAAAGGGGGAUCCUAUCACGCCGCUAGAUGGCCUCUGGCGGAAACCCUAUGAAGUUCUGGUGAUCGGAAUGAGGAAACACUUCCAACAACAAGCUAAUUCACCGGAGAAAGGAGGGGAUGGUGUCAUCACUAGGAGGUUCAUUGCCGGUGUUCCAGACGUGCAUUCCCGGAAGCCGAAUUUAAAGGAGGUUUUUGAGAAGGUUUUCUUUGCCGAUGCUUCUCCUUCUCCUUCUCCUAGGUCAGAAUAUCAUACGGCUUAUUCCGCUUUGGAGGUAUUUGCACGCAAUUUGACUGCCGGUUGGUGGGCCUGUGGAGAUGAAGCUCUGAAGUUCAACUCGGAGGAAUGGUGGGUUCACGGAAAUGGUAUGAGCUUGAGUUGA